ACUAAAGCUGGAAUAUACCAGAGAUGGGUUUAGAAUGGGCAUUCCAUGUAUUUAUGUGUUUGUUUUAAUUUUGCUAGAGCCGUCUUUUCAAAUACAUUACGUUUGUAAACGCGGUACAUUUGAACAGGCAUACGUGCAGUCUCAGUAUAUACUGGAGAUAGACUGUAUUCGUGGUUAAAAUGAUGAUGCGAAGACCUCGCGUGACGGUGUGCAAAAAGCAAGACUCGGACGACGAGGAUGAAUCAUUGUUGAACACAAGUACAGAAUGUGAAGAUGAAAAGGAGGAGGAGGAGGAGGAGUGGGUACCGGAGAGCAAAGUGACGAAACCGAGAAAGAAACCUGUGAAACCGAAAGAGCCCAAGCCCCCAAAACCACCUAAAGCCCCCAAAGCCCCCAAAGCCCCCAAAGUACCAAAAACACCAAAACCAAAAGCACCCAAAAAAACAGCUGCUGAAAAACCCAAAGUAGGAAGAAAAACAAAAGCGUCAGCUCUGGAAAAAGAUGCAGGUGUUGUCGGGGUGCCUGUGAAAGAAGAGAGACUGUCAUUUAUUGUCACUGAUGGAAACCAUAAUGAAACUGAGCAGUACCAGGGUGCUCAGGUGAAAGAAGCAACAAGCACAAAAUGGCCACAAAGUGAAAAGCAGGGAAAAAGUGCAGAACCAAAAGAACUGAAGCAUGAUUUGGCACAUCUCCCUGAAGGACCUUCGUCUAGUUAUCAGCUGCCUGGUGUUAAGAAGGAAGAACCUGAAGAUGAUUUUACCUUCGACGAGCCUGCUUUAAAGAAGAUGAAAACUGCUGGGUGCCCUGAUGGCAAACCAGUAAAACAUUAUAAAAAGGACAACAGCAGUCUUGGAGAUGUGCAGAUGAACUGGGAUAUCAUUCAGGUUUUGUCUGAAAGAACGGUUGUAGAUCCGUGGGUGUGUGAAAACUUAGUGAACCUGUUCAAAGAGGAGAACACAAUCCCGUUUAUCGUGCGCUACAGGAAGGAGCUCAUCAACCACAUGGACGCUGAUGCAGUGCGAGACGUGCAGCUCACUAUGGAGGAGCUACGAAAUGUAGCAAAGAAGGUCCAUGCAGCGAUACAGACUCUGAAGAAGGAGGGGACUUUAACAAUCAGCCUGGAGAAGGCUCUGUUGAACUGUAGAUCAGCGGAUGAGUUGGAUCAUGUGUACGCUCCUUAUAAGAAAGGCAGCAAGCUGUCGAAGGUCAGGAGAGCGAGACAGCUGGGCCUGGAGCCCCCGGCCCUGGUUCUGCUGGAGUCUCCUCAAACUCUUAAUCUACACUCCUACAUACAGCCCCAGAGUGAAGGCCUGUCAACACUGGCUGAAGUUGAGGCUGGAGUUCAGCAAAUCUUGGCAGACAUGAUCGCCAAGGACAAAGAGACAUUGGUCUUUGUAAAAAGAUUAUGUGAACAGGACUAUAUAACCAUACAUUCCACAGUGUCAAAGACUGCAUUGAAAGAACAGAAGGAUGAGAAAGGGGCCAAGCCGAAAGAUAUUGAUAAAUUUCAACUUUACGCUGAUUUUACUGCCAACGUCAAAAACGUCCAUCAUCACCAGAUUCUGGCCAUUAACCGAGGGGAGAAUCUGAAGAUCCUGACAGUGAAGGUCAACAUUCCUGACAGGGUGAAGAAUGAAUUUAUUAGGUGGUGUCUCAACGUAAGAUGGAGACCAAAGGGCUAUGCAAGGGAUGAACUCUUUAAACUACUAAAAGAUGCUGUAGAAGAUUCAUAUAAAAGGCUUAUUCAACCGUUGCUAUGUAGAGCUUUUAGGUCGGGUUUGACAACAAGCGCAGAGAAGGAGUCCAUCGCGAUGUUUGUAAGAAAUCUCCGUCAGCUGCUUCUUACCGGACCAGUUAGGGGGCGAGUCUUAAUGGGGGUGGACCCUGGAUACAGACACGGCUGCAAGCUGGCAGUCCUUUCACCCACAAGCCAGAUUCUACAUACAGAUGUGGUCUAUUUGCACGGAGGGAAUGGAUUUCGUGAAGCUGAAAAGAUUAGGCAUCUGCUGAGAAAAUACAAUUGUUACACUGUUGUCAUCGGGAAUGGGACCGCCUGCCGGGAAACGGAAGCUUAUUUUGCUGACCUCAUCGCAAAGAAGUAUUUUGAGCCGCUGGAUGUGACGUACUGUAUCACCAGUGAAGCUGGGGCCUCUAUAUACAGCGUCAGUCCUGAAGCUGUGAAGGAAAUGCCAGACCUUGACCCUAAUUUGAGAAGCGCAGUUUCCAUUGGACGUCGAGUACAAGACCCAUUAGCUGAGCUGGUGAAAAUUGACCCUAAACACAUUGGAAUAGGAACGUACCAGCAUGAUGUGUCGCAGCCCUUGCUAAAAGCUGCCCUGGCCAGUGUGGUUGAAGAAUGUGUCAGCUUUGUUGGAGUGGAUAUUAACAUCUGCUCUGAAACCUUGAUGAGGCAUGUUGCAGGGCUCAAUGCUGGUAGAGCAAAGAACAUCAUGGAGUGGCGUGAGAAGAAUGGACCAUUUAUAAACCGCGGACAGCUGAAAGAAGUCAAAGGCGUGGGUCCAACAACCUUUCAGCAGUGUGCUGGUUUCAUACGAAUUAACCCAGAAAACCUAAAGAGCAUUUGCAGCAGUCAGCAGAGUGUCGGCGAGCCGGGAGGUCAGGCAUCCGGAGCGGGUGUUCCGAACACAGCAGGUGCGGGGGGGGCAGCUGGGAAACCACCCAGCAAGAAGAGCAAGAGCAAAACAACAGGCAGCGCUGCCCAGCAGCUCAACCCACUGGAUCAGACCUGCAUCCACCCAGAGUCAUACGAUAUUGCCAUGAGGUUUCUUGUGCUUAUUGGUGGAAAUCUGCAGGACAUAGGCAAGCCGGAAAUGCAGUCCAAGGUGAAUGCAGCAACCCAAAAAGAAGGGUUGAGAGAAGUUGCUCAGAAACUAAACACAGUAGUUCCAACCCUGCAGAUCAUCAUCGAUGGCCUGACUCAGCCACAGGGCUUUGACAUCCGACAAGGUUUUGACACACCUGACUUCAAGCGAGGCAUCGUUUCAAUAAACGAUCUGAAACAAGGCACCGUGCUCACAGGAAGGGUGGAAAACGCUGCCCUUUUUGGAGCUUUUGUGGACAUAGGAGUGGGCCGAUCGGGCCUGAUCCAUAAGAAAUACAUCACAGAGGCCAAGCUGCCCCGGGACGAGAGGCGGAGAAGCUUGGCACUCGGCCCUGGAGAGAAGGUGGAGGUCAGGGUGCUCAGCGUGGACGUGGCCAGAGGCCGAAUCGGCUUGGAUCUCAUACGAGUUUUGAGAUAGAGUUCUGAUUCUGAAGGGCCUGAGCAGUGCAUCUUGGAGCACUUCACUAACUAAACUGCUAAUGAUGGAAAGCUCUGAAUAUUUGUAUGAUAAGAAGUUGGUGAUGAUUAGUGCAAAAUCAAGGACGAACGAACAGGCGGACGCCAUCAGCGCAUAAGGGUCCCCCUGAAGAAAAAAAAAACAAAGAAAAGUGUGGACUGGUUUGGUAAUGUAACCUCUGUACCAGACUGCCACAUCUCAUGAAAAUAAUGUCCUUUCUCUUUCAAUUGGCUCUUGAAUUAUCUCAUUUAAGUCAAUUCCUAUCAGUUGUUGAUUUAAUUCAAUAAACUCUGUUGUGGCCGUACAGCAUUUCUGAGUGAAAUGUGGCAGUCUGGCUUUUGGCGAGUUCUACAACAUGCUGAUCAACUGUUGCAAUUGAAUAAGCCAAGGGGUAUCAUUUGUUAAGUGUUUAGGCUUCUUUAAUGUUUAAUUCACCUUUUAUGUUUUGCCUUGGAUCAUUCCUUUCUAAAUUGGAAUUAGAUGUGUGUUGAAAUGCUGUUGUAAAGACAUGUUUUCAUAUUCGUUUUCACUGUUGCACUCUUGUUCUCUCUGUGGCCUUGCAAGGAUAAAUCUAUUAGCCUGUCAGCCCAGUGUCUAAAUAACAGGGUUUUCAACGAUUGCCUCCUGCAGCGGACCAUUUCAGUUGUUACAACGAUUCAUUUGGUUUAGAGUUGGAUUUGAUUAAUCAGAAAUGUAAAACCUAUCCCUAUUACUGUAUAUUGCCCUAGCCAGAAACAGCAGUGGUUUGAAAAUGCCAAGAUAAUUGAUAUUCUGGUCUGUUUUUAUUGAAACAAACAAAGAAAAAAAGAAAAAGAAAAAAGAAAUUAAUAAUAAAAAAAAAGUAAAUAAGUUUAACCUUUUAUAUUUACAUUGGUGUAUUACAUAUACAAUACUUUGCCACACUCUGGAGCAUUUGGUUUACAAUCCAGUCUCAGAAGAAAACAUUUCUAAGUGCAGUGCAUUGUUGUAUGUGCUGUCAUCGUGAUCUUGUAUUAUGUGUUGAUGUAAGGGGGUCUAUUAACAUUAAUAUGGCAGCUUUUCAUAUGUUAUACUGUAGCUGUAUUGGAUAAAGUUUGGAAAUAACCGUG